GCCUUCUCACUUUCGUAAUCACAUAAAACCUUCCUAUCUAUCCAGAAGAAGAAGAUAAUCUUCCUUUUAAGGUGAAAAAUGGCGAAGAAAGGAGGAGGAUCAGCAACAACUCUCGCAGAGGACGCACCGUGGCGUGUCUCCUCAGUAAAACCACUACCUCGAAUCAGCCGCUCACCGGUUCUCACCAUCUCUCAAACCCCAGAGACCGAUUACGCCAUUGCCGUCAUGAAGCAUCCUAAUCCAGUGGGAGGUGGUUUAGCGAUGGAAGCAGUGCUUGAAUCUGCAGGACCUGAAUGCGUUGUUCCUGGCCAAGUCACGCCUCUUCGUCUUCUUGGUGUUAAGGUGUGGCCUGUUGAAGUUGAUCUUAAGUUCUUGGAACCUGUGGAAAAAGAGCUCAAGAUGCUUGGCAAGUUCAUGGAUAAUGCGUUCGACCUGAUGAAUAAGUCUUUCAUCGACCGCUAAGCACAACUGGUUUAUGUACUUGUCAAGGACGUUCUACGGCUAGAGUUUUUGGAGAAGCUUUAAUUAUUACAGGCAGAGAAAGAUCAUAUGAUCUGAGCAAAGUUUAAUAUGGAGUGUUUGUGUGUGUCACUGUAUAUAGGGGAUUAAUUAUCUCCUUUGAAUAUUAAUGUUACAAACAAAAUCUAUAUG